CGUGCCCCGCAGCUGAUGUACAUGCACUGGAUGAACACCAUGGUGGGCUACUGCGGCCCCUUCAAGUAUGAGAGCGAGUACUGCGAGAAGCUGCGGAGCUACCUGGAGGCCAACCUGGGCUGGAUGGAGGAGCAGAUGGGAAAGGGGGAAGACCCCGAGUACUGGCACCAGGUGCGCCUGGCCCUGCUGCAGCUGAAGGGGCUGGAGGACAGCUACAACGGGCACCUGGACUUCCCCCGGGGCAGGGUCACCCUGUCACCCUUCGGCUUCCUCCUGCUGCAGUUGGGGGGUGACCUGGAGGACCUGGAGUCAGCCCUGAACCGAUCCUCCCCACGCGGCUGGCCCUCCUACCAGUCUAUGCUGCGUGUCAUCAAGAAGUACACGCUGCCCUUCCGCACCUCGGAUGGUGGCAAUUCUCAGAUCCCUGGCAGCAUCCAAGUGUUUUCCUCCUACCCCGGCACCAUCUUCUCUGGGGAUGACUUCUACAUCCUCAGCAGCGGGUUGGGGCACAGCCAAUGCUGGCCUUGCCCUCCCCCCAGCAUUUGGGGUGCUGACUCACUGGGUCCCACCCCACCAAACCACAGGUACUUCGAGGAGAUCUUUAAUGCCAGCGGGACCCCGGAGCUGGUGGAGAAAUAUGGGGACUGGUUCACCUACGACAAGAACCCGCGGGCACAGAUCUUCCGCCGCAACCAGACGCUGGUGCACGACCUGGACUCCAUGGUCCGCCUGAUGAGGUCCAACAACUACCUGCAGGACCCUCUGUCUCGGUGCAGGGGCUGUGACCCCCCCCAGAACGCAGAGAACGCCAUCUCCGCCCGCUCCGACCUCAACCCCCCCAACGGCACCUACCCCUUCCCUGCCCUGCGCCAGCGCUGCCACGGCGGCACCGACAUGAAGGGGGGAGUCACCUCCUCGGGCAUGGUCCCCUCCUUGGCGCUGGUGGCUGCCAGUGGUCCUGCCUGGGAUGACGUGCCCCCGUUCCGCUGGAGCACAUCCCCGUGCAGCGCCCUGCUGCACAUGGGCCACCCUGACCUAUGGACCUUCCCCCCCAUCAAGGUCCACUGGGACUGA